UUCAAGUAUACCAUGCUUUAAUCGUACAUAGUUUGUCCUUUCUUAUACACCGCCAUUAACACACAUUUAUAUACGUGUAACUCUGCAUCUGAUCACUGAUUCACAGAUACAGUACUGACAGUUUUCUCAGAGAAAAGAAGGAAAGGAAGAAAAGGGUGUACUUGACUUUAAAUUUAGGGGAAUUUGAUUAGAUAUGGUUGAGUUUCUUGGUGAGAUUGAACCUCCUAGCCCUGUUUAUGAAGCAGAGCUACCGGAGGAGGAUGAAGAACAAGAGGAGGAGAUUAGUUACGAAGAGCUCAAGAAGCGGAUGUGGAAGGACCGUGCGCGGAUGCAGAAGAUGAAGGAGAAGCGGGAGAGUUCGGAGUCCGAUCAUGAGUCUAACGCCAAGCAAGAAGCGUCUCGCCGCAAGAAGAUGUCUCGAGCUCAAGAUUCCAUCCUCAAGUACAUGGUGAAAAUCAUGGAAGUUUGCAAGGCACAAGGCUUCGUUUAUGGGAUAGUUCCGGAGAAAGGAAAACCUGUUACCGGCUCAUCUGAUAGCCUCCGCAAGUGGUGGAAAGAGAAGGUUAAGUUCGACAAGAAUGCUCCGCCUUCUCUCGAGGAACACUUGCCGAUUGUUUUCGAACAAGGCGACGUGGACAUUGUUUCUAGCUUGCAUCUCCUUCAUGACUUGCAGGAUACUACUCUGGGAUCACUUCUUUCCACUUUGAUGCAAGACUGCGCACCCCCGCAACGCAGAUUUCCAUUAGAGAGGGGCAUAGCCCCUCCUUGGUGGCCAACCGGGAAGGAGCUUUGGUGGGGGGAACAAGGUCUGUCUCAACAACAUGGUCCCCCUCCUUAUAAGAAGCCUCAUGACCUUAAAAAGGCCUGGAAAGUCAGUGUAUUGGCUGCUGUGAUCAAGCAUAUGGCCCCAAAUUUAGAUAGGAUGAGAAGGUUAGUGUUACAAUCCAAAUGUUUGCGAAAGAUGACAGCCAAAGACACUUUCACUUGGUCUAAAGCGGUUAACCAGGAAGAAGCCCUUUUACGUCUCACAGAGAAAUGUCUCAAAAUCUCACCUGACAAAGAUGAUAGGGAAGAAGAGGAUUUAGAGCACAGUCAUCCAGAUGACAGGGGCAAGCAAGGUGAGAGGAUUGCCAUCUCUAAAGAUAAAAGGAAGUGGUUUUUUGACCGAGAGGUUACCCCGAGUACGUUAUUCGCUUGCCAGAAUUCGAUGUGCCCGCAUAGUGCACUGGAAUUAGGCUUCACAGGCAGGAGCUCAAGGAGUGAACAUGAAUCAAGUUGCUCCUACAAGUCUAAAGAAAGUGAUGUAAGCCAAGAAAGCAGUGAAGAAUCAGAAUUUUGUGAUAGGAAUAUUGUUCCAUAUGACCAUCACUCAUUUGGUCCUCAGACCAAAAUGAAUACAGAGAGCCCUGACAGUAUUGGGAAGUUGCGUGCCGUGACAGAUUGGCUCGACAUGGAGCUAGAAAAGGCUAAUGGUCAAGAAAGUGAUAUGCAGCAACUAAAUGAAGUAGGGGAUGCAUCUGACAUGGUUUUGCAAGAUUAUAUAAACUAUUUAACUUGUGCAAUUGAAGGUCUACCUUUGCCACCAGAAUUUCUGUUUCAAAUAGGAGAUAUGGACUUAAGUUCGUUUCCAUCAUCAUAAGAGGACAUUGAUAAUCAAGGAUUAACUUCAAUUUGGGAUAUGGGAUUUGAUGGAACAUCCAAAUCAUGAGUCGAGCAAAGACCGAAGAUCGAGUUAGCUGACAGCUACAGGCUCAUGUUUGCUCAAACACUUGAGAUUUCA